UGUACGUCUUCGUGUUAAAUAGAAAACAAGCUGCCAGAAACUCGGUUCAGAAAAUAUUACUCACGACUUAAUCGAUCGAGUGUGACUUUUUUUUUAUUGUUUUUUUAACAGUGCAGACAAAGAAGUGAAACUUUAGGCAGUGUUUAAAUCGUAAGAAACUACAUUAAAUAUUCAAGAAUAACCAGAGUGCCCUGUGCUGAUUCCUGCUCCUUGCUCGCGUGCCAUGCGUGACCUCGGCACCAAAAUGGCCGAGCUAAAAUUCGAGGCUCCCCUGGCAAAGUUCGAGGAGACAGAUGAGUGGGGCGGCUGUGACUUCAUUUCUAACCAGAACGCCCUCAAUGACACGCUUAACCUAAACCUGAAGGAGGUCAGUGUGGGCAGAAAGCCAGGUGCUGCAAAGCUUCUCUUGCUUGAAGAUGCGGUUCGUGAUGCGCACAUCAGCAAGAACGGAGGAGGAGGCGGCAGUAGCGGCGGUACCAUCAGUCCCAAUUGCAAUUCCUUGCCAAGCGGAUCCGUCACGGAUCUGGGCGUCUCCGAAGUGGGCCUGGUUUUGGGCGAUGGAGAGGGGCUAGAAAAACCGUCUGCGGCCCACGGGGAUCAUGUGGACAACUUCACAGAGACGUUCGGCGGCAGUCUAGAGGAUCUGGUCAACACGUUCGAUGACAAGAUAACUAAGUGCUUCGGAAACUAUGAGGAAAACGUCGAGGAGUUGGCCCCGGUCCAGGUACGCAGCCAGGAGGAGAUCAUGAAUGAAUGCCAAAUGUGGUGGACCAUCACGGGAAAUUUUGGAAACAUUCUGCCUAUCGACUGGUCCAAGUCGUAUACCCGUCAGAUGCACAUGCCCACACUCAACCUGGGCCAAAGCCACGCAAAGCAGCAGCAUCACCGCAAUCAGCACCAGCUCCAGAAACACCAGCACUCGUAUCCACACGCUCCAGGCGGGGACGAGUCUAACGAUCUGGUCAGCGAGGAUGACUCGGUAGCCAACGACUUGGACAUGCACGCGCUAAUCCUGAACGGACUGAACGGGGAUCUUGACGACCAGCCCAUUAAAACGGUCGAAGAGGUCAUAAAGGAGAUUGACGACAUCAUGGAUGAGGCGGAGAGUCCUUUGGACGAGCCUGACACCUGCGAGUCGGAGGUCAUAGAAAAGGCGCGCGAAGUGCUCGGGGCGCCCCUCUAUGCAGAAAAGCUGCAAUAUCUGACCACCACACAGUUGAACGAGCUGUACAUGGAGAUGGAGGUGCUGAUUCAGGAAUUAAGUGAGACUCUUAUCAACGAACUGGCGCUGCGUGACGAGCUCGAGUACGAGAAGGAGCUAAAGAACUCAUUCAUUUCCCUGCUGCUGGCCGUCCAAAACAAGCGUCGACAAUACCACGUGGAGAAGAAGCGUGGAAAGUUCCAGGGUCCCGAGCCCAAAUACUUGACCACUGUUAUUCCGUAUCACCUAGAGAACGGUACGCCCAACAAUCAGUCCCUACAGGUCCUGAUCAAGAUACUCAAGGCCAUAAAUGAGGACAGCCCGACGGUGCCGGCUCUUCUCACGGACUACAUACUAAAGGUGCUCUGCCCAACAUAAGCGAUGUAACUGCAAAGGAACCCAAUCUAUCGCUCUAUCUUUCUGUCUGUGUUUAUACCGUACAUCUACAUGCAUAUAUAAAUUAUCAUUUAAUGAUUAGUUUGUAUUCUAAACUAUUAUUUCAAUUGUUUUAAUUGCGAUGCGUUUCUGAAAACACUAUCUCAGCCACUGAAAAAGCUUAAGAAGAUAAAUUAUAAGAUUUCGAUAUAUAGAUCAAAUAUAAAAAAAAUGUAUGUAUACAUGCAUAGAAGUAAAUAUCAUAUUAAAUAUUUUCGGAGGAAAUACAUAACUGACAGUUCUCCCCACUGCGAUAAUACUCACUUAUCUCGAAUCGAAUCCACUUGGAAAAUCCGCUAAAGCCAGUAAUAUUUAUACUAAAUCGAGUCAUAUUGUUAAAGAGCAGAUUACAUAAAAGCUUAAUAUAUCUCAAUACAUACAUACAUAAAUACACAAAUGUAUCUUUACGUCUAUCUCUAUUGCAAAGAUUGCAGAGACUGCACAGAGGAUGUAUGUGGAUAUUUGUUGUUUAGUUCAAAUAAAUUCUCGCUGUAUUUAUCGAUCCAAACGGAACUAUCUUUGUUCGGCAGUAAAUCUCUAGCUUGUACCAUAUGUAACUUGUAUGUAUUGAUUUUAAGUUAUAGUUCUAGUUCAGACCACUAGCUGGACAGGGACCUUUCCAUAUGUCGCUGCCACCGCUGCCGAUUCCAAAUGGGUUCCUCGUGAAAUUAUGCAAACCUAAACGUAAAAAUUGAAACGUGUGAGACGUGAAUUAAGUUCAAGAGAUUGUUUUUGCUUCACUUUAUGUUUUCAUGUAAAUUUUUUUAGCGUUUUUAUACCCGGUACUCGAAGAGUA